UUGUGAAGGUAAUUACAUGUCUAAUAUGACGUUUAAUAUAUUUACGCGCGUUGUUUUAGUGAUUAUAAGUACAUGUGUGUAUCAAACCUUUGUUUUGGUCGAAAUACUAUUAAAUAAUUAUCAAGUGUUUUCCUCACCGUUACUAUCAAAGUGUGUUGGUCUCGUGCUGGAUUUUGUUUGUGAUUUAUUUCAAUUGUUGGUGACACUAUUGUCUGUGAAGGUCGUCAUGUUGAACAGCUUCAUGCGAUGGUUUUUGAGGUUCCUGGUGUCGUUACUUGCAAUAAUAGUUCAUCCUCUUACCUUCUUUUUGAAUAUUAAAAGGAAUAAAAAAUGCCCGCCACCAACAAAUCCAAUACUAUUCCAUUCAGCAACCACAUUAUCGAGGAUGAUAAGAAAUAAAGAGAUCACUUCCGAAGAGGUAGUUAGAGCUUAUAUAGAACGUUGCCAAGAAGUAAAUCCGUACCUCAACGCUAUUGUGGAACCACGAUAUGAGGUGGCCAUCAAAGAAGCAAAAUGUAUUGAUAAGAUGAUCAGUUCAAACGAUCGGACUGCUGAACAACUUGCCGCUGAGUUUCCACUCUUGGGGUUACCUAUGACUGUAAAAGAGAGCAUUGCAGUUGAAGGUAUGAGCAAUGAUAGUGGAACUGUAUUCCCCUACCGGAAUCCCGCAAAGAAAGACGCUGAUAUAGUCCGCCUUGCAAGGGCAGCAGGAGCAAUACCGAUCGCUGUUACUAACACUCCACAACAUUGUAUGAACUGGGAGACAUAUAAUAACGUCACUGGGCUUACCAUGAAUCCCUAUGAUCAGAAACGUACAACUGGUGGGUCUUCUGGUGGCGAGUCUGCUUUAAUAUCUUCAGCGGCAUCGUUGAUGGGCGUGGGUUCGGACAUUGCUGGAUCUCUUCGACUUCCACCCAUGUUCAAUGGUAUUUUUGGGCACAAACCUACACCAAAGCUUCUAUCCAUUGAAGGUCAUGUACCAGAUUGCUUAGAUCCAACGUUUGAAGAAUACUUUGCACUUGGCCCUAUAACCCGGUACUCAGAAGACAUACCAUUACUUCUGAAAGUGCUCAAGCAACCUGGUGGACCAGACGUGCCGUUUGACAAGCCGGUCGAUAUAAGCAGGUUAAAAUUCUUUUGGAUGGACGGGGAUGGAAGUAACGUAACAAACAAAAUUGGCAGUGACGUGAGAAAAGCAAUGGACAAAGCGAGAACUUAUAUAGCAUCUACUUAUAACAUUGAUGUACCAAAGUUAAAUAUCAAGAACGUAGAGCACAUGUGGGAGAUAAGUGUAAGAGUGCUGUUCAAAAUUCGACAUGUCCGCAACAUAUACACAGACCCCAAUAAGCGAGAUCAGUUGAUAUCAGUUUGGCCGGAAGUCCUGAAGAAAGCAAUUGGAAUGUCUAAUCAUAAUUUGACAGCCGUCCUUUAUGCACCAGUACAAAAAUUCUUGGACGCGCUGCCAGAUAGCUACUAUCAAAAUUUACUACAAGUUUUUGAGCAAGUUAAAACUGAUUUUUCAGAAGCAUUAUCUAACGAUGCAGUACUACUGUUCCCAACUUUUCCGGACACUGCACAUCUUCACUACAGAAUUUUUUAUAAGUUCCUUAACUGUGGAUACUUAACUAUAUUUAACGCCCUAGGAUUGCCAGUUACUAAUUGUCCACUUGGAUUGACAGAGAGUGGUAUGCCUGUUGGAAUUCAGGUGGUCGCUAAUAAGUGUAACGACCACCUUACCAUUGCGGUUGCGAGAGAAUUUGAAAAAGCUUUUGGAGGCUGGGUACCACCCAACAAAGAACCCUUCAAUGGUGUUCGUACUGCAUGAUAACUUUCUAUAAACUCAUGCGACCAUAAACUAGAUAUUAAUAAAGGUUUAUUGUAUAAUCGGUGGGCCUCGUUUAUAUAAUCACCUACCCAGAGAUAUUAAAGAAACGGAGGAGAUCUCGAUAUUUAAAAAUGUUUUGAUAGAUAAGACACACUAUACAAUCUGUGAUUACCUUACGGAAAAUUUUUAACUGUUAUACAUUUUGUUUUUGACAUUAACUUAUUUACUUUUUUGACAUAUAUUAAUUACUAGCUGACCCGACAGACGUUGUUCUGUAUAUAAUAAAUAAAAUAAUGUUUUUAUAUGUAUUUGUCAAUAAUAUAUCAUAACAUCAAAAAUUACUUCGUAAAAUAUGCACCCUGCUGUCGUAAUGAAAUUGUUUCACAGCAGAACUGUCAAACCGUGCCUCAAUAAAUUCUCUCAUAGAAAUUAAGUAUGGACACAUCAAAGGAAAGACAAAUUUGUUGUUUUUAUUUAAUUUAGUUAGCAGCGUUUUCCUAUUUAUUCACCUUUAAAACCUUCUCUGGACUUCCACAAAUAAUUCAAGACCUAAAUUUGCCAAAUCGGUCCAGCCGUUCUCGAGUUUUAGCGAGACUAACGAACAGCAAUUCAUUUUUAUAUAUAUAGAUAGAUAAUAUAAUAGAUAAUAAUGAAUUUUAGACAUUUUAGAUGAUAGGAUUAUGAAAAUUUUGUACCAAUAAUUUAUUAAAAUGUUUUUUUUUUAAUAUUGCAUGCUGUAAUUGAGCAGAGUUUGGCUGCUCAUGUAUUUUCGUAUAUUAUGUUCAACACCUGUACAUUACCCAAAUUUGGAAAUAAAGAAAAUUGAAUUGAAUUGAAAAAGUAAUAUAAAUAAUCAUUGCACGAAUUUGGCGAUAAUCGUUUGUGAGGUUUUGUAGUAUGUAUCUAGUUCCAUAUAUUUAUGCAUGUAGGAAAGGCAACCAAAAUACAGCCAAGGAAAACCAAUCUUAAUAAUCUUUCAUAUAGGCACCUACUUACAUUAUCCAAAGGCAUCCUCGUACCUAUUGCUUCUGAAAAAAAAAACAGGUAAACAUAGGACAGUAAUUGUCUUACGAACGUACUUGGUAUAGUGACGUGCCAAAAUUUGACGAGUCAACAUCUCCUGAGGAUGCCUCGUGUGUAGGUGAAACAUGUGUCGAAUUAGCGGAAUUUACACUCAAGAAGGCUUACAACAUUUGAAUAAUACUAUAUAUUUAAAUCCUCUUGAAAUUUGUAAAGUAAUAAACGAUCAAAAAAUAAUUUUAAGUUCAAUUCAAACAUAUUUUACGUUUUUAAGAUCCAUUAUGUUCCUGUGAGUAGAGAAUGAAGGACAAAAUAAAAAUACUAAAGAUAUAAACUAAUAAUAUGAUAACGCAAACAAUAUCUAUAUUUUAAUAAUUGAAAACUGUAGGCGAGCCGAGCACUUUAUGAAUGAGGCUCAGCCGUCACGCUCGAAUCGGAAACGCUGGUUCGAUUAAAGUCAGCUCGGGCAGACUAAGGGAGACUCGCUCGGUGGGUAUAAUUGUAUUUAUUAUUUACGUCGCCUUGAUGCAGUUUUCACUUUUGUCGUAUGUUCCGAAACACACAGUGCUUCUUCUUGUAAAUAUUAAUUUUACGUUUGUAUAUUUUGUAAGUUUGUGUGUAUUUAAAUUUUUACAGAUUUUAUAAAAUAAAAACAUAAAAACACAA